UUCGGUUGCCUUUUCGGGCUCUGGGGUCUUCCACGGCGGCCCAACUGCCGCAGGGCAGUUAUUCCUCCUGAAGGCGUGGCCGUACUGCGAAGAGAUGCACCUGCUGAGUUAUAUGGCCAAGGCAUGAAAAUCUCCUCGCCACAGUGUCCCUUAUGGGCAGGCUUCUCCGUCGAGAAUAAGUCUCUGCGCCAGGUGUCCCUUUCCCUUCUAGUGGGGACGGUGCUCUCCUUCCUCGUUUCCCCCUUUCUUCCCCCUCACGCUGCCUUUUUCUUCGGGUGAGGCUGCUCUGUCAUUCUUGCCUUCUAGAGGGCUAAAGAAAUAAGGGGCGCCUGUGUCCGUGUCUCCAUGGGGCUGUGGGGCCACUUUGUCUCCUGCCAAAGAAUUGGGUUUUGAGGAUGCUCAGUAAUCCGAGUGUGAUACUUGGGUAGAGAAAGUAGGGACCACAGCCAGAGGGAGGUGUUAUUCUUGUUGCCCAGGUGCACGCCCUCUUGAGGAGGCCCACCUUGGACCCAGUAGGUUUCGAUAGUUGUAAUCCAGCUCCUAAUGUUCCAUUUCGAAGUGACUGACAGGGUGAUGUUUGACCUCGCAAGCAUUCCUGGAAGAAGAGGAUUAUUGAGAGCAGAUUGGCUUUAUUAUUAUAAUUACGUUGCAUUUAUAUCCCAAUCCCUUUCCUCUUAUGAGAAACCUAGGGCAUUUCACAUAGCUUUACUUUAUCCUUGAAAUGACAGUCCUAUGAGGGACAUUAGGUUGAAAGGCUGUGACUGGCCCACAGUCACCCAGUGAGCUUCAUGGAUGAAUGCAGACUAGAAUUCAGAUCUCCCAGUCCAUACUUUAAUCACAGCACCACCCUAGCCUUUUUGGCCUGAGCACAAAACAAAAGCAGCACUGAUGGCCACAGCUGAUGACUUUCUUUGAAAGAAUGAUGGAAGAAGUGCUACUCUUGCAGUGUGGUGUAGUGGCUGUCCUGAGUGGGUUAGUGCACUUCUUUAUAAAAUAGGUAGGUAGGUUGUGUGUUCUGCCUGAGCCAAGACUGCCCUUGAAAGCAGAGAACUACUUGGUUUGGAGAACUGGCCAGCUAUGGUUGGUUCUCCAGCUACAGUUAUUCCAAGCUGGGAUGGCCUGAUCCUUUUGCAGUCUUGCAUGAGACAACCUGGUAAUAGAAGUCUUUACUGUUUAAAGUCUGCUUGUUGUAACCAUUUCUGUGUGAAACUUCCUCUGAAGAUCAUCCAGAACCUGGUUUUAGAGUGCUGCGCUCUCUGUAUUGACAGUGGUAGCAAGAUAUGAACAUAUCACAUGAGUUUUGAAAUUUCUGCCCCUUCUGCCAGUAAUUUACUGUGUCCAAUACAAAGUGAUAGUUUGUAUCACUAGAAAGCCCUAAAUAACCCAGAGAUGCCAUCCACAGCACUGAACAGCCUGGGAUACUUAGGUUGUGGUGCUCUUAAGGAAUGUAGCAUGUGGGACUACCACAUAUGGCAGAGCAUUUUCGGCAAAUGCUCCAGGCUCUGAAGUUCAUUGUGUGAAGAUUUGACUGUCUAUGUGGCAGUCCAAGACUUAUUUGUGUGGACUUUAGUCAAGCGAAGGUUUAGUCAAGUGUCUUGUUUGUUUUCUUAUGUUGCUGGUUCUGUUGUAUUAUAUAGUUGGGAUUUUAGAACUGAGGUGGGCAAUUUCAAUAGAUCUAGAGGAUAUUUUUGCUUUGUGGAUUCUCCCUGCAGGCCUCACUUAUUUUCUGUGGCACAGAAAAAAAUACUAUUCUUUUAAAAAAUGCACUGAAAAGGUCAGAAUUAGCUUUUUUUUUUUUUUGCAAGCUAUGUAAUAGCUAAAAAGUACUAACAUGGUAAAAGAAAAAGAAAAAAAAGAUAGACCAAAAUAGCCAUUCUGUUGUUUGUUCUGCACAAUUCUGAGGGCACAUGCAGGGUGCGUUGUUUGCCCCUUUUUUAGAGCAAUGAUUUUAAUAUGCUUUAUACUACAUUUUAUGUAAAUACUUAGCUUGUAAGAUAGGGUGAGAUUUGACGGCUACAAGCAACUAUGACAUGACUUUCAGGGUGUGGCUAAUGGUCAGUAAUGGAGAUGGUGAUGUAGAUUACAAUACAGCAUAAAGCUACCUAGCUGAACUGUGUGGAAGAGCAGAAAGAAACUUGUGUUUACUGCCUUUACUGCCAGUGUUACAGAAAAUGGAAACAGAUAAAGACAUAAUUUCACGUCUUCGAUGUCAGCUUAAAGAAGCUGAGGAGGAAAGAAGGAAGGCAGCAGAAUAUGGAUUAAAGCUGGUGGAGAGUGAAAACUUGUUGCAAAACCGGUUAGAUGAACUGCAAAAUGAAAUUGUCACUAUAACAGAGAAUUUUGAACAAGAAAAGUAUACUCUUCAGAGAGAUGUGGAAUUGAAGAAUAGAAUGUUGGGAAGCCUAAGCCUUGAAUGUGAGAGUCUUAAACAGCAGCAAAGCAUACAGCUAGAUGUACUGCGUGGACAACUGCAAAGACUACAUGGACAGGAAAUAAAUGAACUUAAGAAUAAGGUGGAAAAACUGAAAUUGGAGUUGGAUGAAACUCUGCUUAGCGAGAAACAGCUGAAGCACAAAGUAGACCACCUGAAGGAUGUAAUUGCUUCCAAAUCAGAAGAGCUGCGUGUAAUGUCAGAACGUGUACAUGAAACUAUGUCUUCAGAAGUACUUAAUCUUCAGCUUGAGCUACUGGCACUUGAACAGGCAAAGGCAGGCCUUGAGGACAAGUUACAUGAUCUGCAGUACAAUAAGGAGCAGUUGGAGCUUGGAAACAGCAAUCUAACUAAUCGAGUGGCACAUCUUGAAGAGGAGAAAGAGGAGAGAGAGAAGGAUCUUGUUUCUUAUUGUAAUGCAUUAGAGAAAGAGCGUGAGAUGAAUAGAGAACUUCAGAUUCAGCUUGACCAUGCACUGCAACAGGCCCUGGACCCUUCUAGUAAAGGCAAUUCUUUAUUUGCUGAGGUGGAGGACCGUAGAGCAGAAAUGGAACGUCAGUUGAUUAGUAUAAAAGUAAAAUACCAGAUGCUACAAAAACAGAAUACUUUCACCAGAGAACAGCUGCAAAGAAUGAAGCUGCAGAUGGCUACACUCCUACGGAUGAAAGGUUCUCAAGGAGAACAUGAUCAGCUGGAGCGUUUGCAAAGCAUGCUUCAGCAGAAGAAUGGUGAAAUAGAAGAACUUCUCAUGAAAGUGAAGCAACUGGAAAAGUCCACAAAGGUAUCGGAAAACUCUAGAGAACUGAAGCUUUUUAAUGGUUCAGAUUAUACAGAGGUUGAAGAUGGCUAUUAUACUGACUUGCUUCAGAUGAAACUUGAAAAUUCAAAUAAAGAAAUAGAGAAUUUGAAGAGUGAAUUGUCAUUACAACGGAUGAAAGCUCUAUUUGAAAGUCAGCGAGUCUUGGAGAUGGAGCGGAAACUUUUUGCAAUUGAAAGACAGUUUGAGUCUUCUCAGAGUGAAAACAUAAAUCUGCAUGUUCUGCUGGAUGAAUUGAAAAUUAAAUAUGAACCUGAAGAAUUAAUGAAGCACCCAAUCAAUCUCGAGAAGGCUCCAGCUGACAUUAUUUCAGAUAAUUUGAAUGGCAGAAGCUCCUCUUUGAGUGAAACCUCUUCCUUGUGGCCUGAAAAUAAAGAAAAUAUAAAACAACAUGACGAUGCUCUGAAAACAACACUUCAAGCCAUGUCAAUGAACAUAAUUCACCCUCCAGCAAUGGAACAUAAAAGUAAUCAGCAGGGAAAGAAGAAAGUUAGAAUUAAAGAAGAACUUGAUGUAACAGCUAUAUGUAAGAAAGAUGGGAAUGAUAUUGGACCAUCUUAUGCCACCAGGUUAACAUCUGAACCUGGAGUAAAGGCUGAAGAAAAUUGUGAUGCUUCAACUGAAGAUGCAAGUAAACAUGAAAAGCAAGGAAAGAAGAAAACUUAUCCUGUAAUUUAUAUGUCUUCCAAACAAAAUUCUGAAAAUCAGUGUAUUCAGCAAUAAAGCAAAUAUUUAUUUCAUGUUACAGAAGGCCUUACAGAUUUACUUAUUGAGCAAUACAUUGGAACAAUAAAAUGGGAUGUCUUCAGUGCCUUCAGACUCUAUUGACAACCUUUAAUAGUGGCAUCAGUGCUGAAGAUACAUAAUACUAAAAAAAUGCUUUGGUCUACUAUUACAGUUGGGGGAAGCUACACAACACAACAACUGGUUGGCUAAGAAACCAUACAGUAAAUCUGAAAAUGGUAUUAGUAUGAACAUCAUGAGCUCUACAUUAGAAAAUGUCGUACAUAUGUGGUGGGUCGUUUUCUGUGCAUGGGAAAAUGUGGACUAGCUGGUUCCUCAGUUUUUGAGGUGUAUCACAGUGUGUCUCUUUUUAGAUGUACUAAUGUGGCAAACAUUGUGUCAAAUAAAGCUUUAAAGCAGU